AUGAUGAUGCUUAGAUAUACACUUGCAUGUCUUCUCACUUUCUCUUUCGGUCUCACUUCUUCCUCUGCUCGACCAGCACCAUAUGCCUUGCGGAUCAGCUGUGGAGCUAGAAAAAACGUUAUAACACCACCAACUUACGCACUUUGGUACAAAGACAUUGCCUAUACAGGAGGCGUACCUGCAAACGCAACUGCACCUAGUUACAUAACUCCACCCUUGAAGACACUUCGUUAUUUCCCAAUCUCUGAAGGUCCAAACAACUGCUACAAUAUAGUGAGAGUCCCAAAGGGACAUUACUCAGUGAGGAUCUUCUUCGGAGUGAUUGACCAACCUAAUUUCGACAAAGAGCCUCUCUUCGACAUAUCCAUCGAAGGCACUCAGGUUUACUCUCUAAAAUCUGGUUGGAGUGGCCAUGAUGACCAAGUCUUUGCUGAAGCUCUCAUUUUCCUUAUGGGUGGGACAUCUACAAUUUGUUUCCACAGUACUGGUCAUGGAGACCCUGCUAUCCUCUCUAUUGAGAUUCUCCAAGUUGAUGAUAAGGCUUACAACUUCGGCAAAGGCUGGGGACAAGGAGUGAUUCUGAGAACAGCUACAAGGCUGUCUUGUGGGACUGGGAAGCCGAGGUUUGGUGAGGAUUAUCAUGCAGAUCAUUGGGGUGGUGAUAGGUUUUGGAAUCCCAUGAGGUCUUUUGGCAAAG